CAUUCGGUGAAGCAGGGUGCACAAUCUGAGUGAGGAAGAACAUCAUAACAAAUUACACGCGUAUUACGAUUUACAAUUUUCAAACUACUAUAUGCAGGUAAAGUUAGAUAAACCAGUAUCCUAUUGUUGUUAAUGACUCAUGCCAAACGACGAGUGUACAGCUAUGUGGAAGGAUUUCUUUUUACAUCAUAAGAAAGGUUGACGAGAAUCGAUAGCCUAUUUUUGUGCGCUUGCAGGUUUCCAUUUUUCCAUUUUAAAAUCCAUAGGCUGCAAAGCACCAUGCAAGAACAGGAAGAAGACACGCAUAGGCUGCAAAGCACCAUGCAAAAACAGGAAGAAGACACGCUGCAGAGCUUUCCUUCUUGUAUUGUGGGCUUGAAGUCGCAACACACUACGAGACACCGGAGAGAUGUCAACACGAAUAAGGGUGACAUUACCCAGCAUAUUGAUACGCUGGAUCACAAGCAAGCCUGCAUGGACCUGGAGAACGCUACUCAAGUCAUCAUACAAGUAUUACAGACCACUCAGAUGAGACACAAGCAAGCCUGCAUCAACCUGGAGAAGGCUACUCAAGUCAUCACACAAGCAUUACAGCAUGAAGUAGGAAGGAACCAGGAGCUCUGCGUGGUGAUUCGUCGUCUGGAAGAGAAGGAAGCGGAGACUGGGCGGAGCCUGACAGAGCAGGUGGAGUCAAACAAGGAGCUGAAGCUGAAGAUCGAUGAACUGCAGAAACACCUGGAGGAGAAGAACAACUCACUGACACAGGCCAACCAGGCUGUGGCUUUACUGAAGGACAAACUAAGGGAGCUGCUACGAAGUAAACGGAGCAAUCACAGGACAAUGCAGGAAGUGAUUGAGUGGCUUCAGGGAGGAGAGAGCCAGAUCAAGGCUGAGAAUAGCUCUGCUCUCCAGUCAGAACAGAUGACAUCAGCAGAGGAAUUGUCAUCUGGUGCCCAGAGUCCGACUGGAUCCCCAGGUGCUGAAGGUCCGACUGGAUCCCCCGGUGCUGAAGGUCCGACUGGAUCCCCAGGUGCUGAAGGUUGGAAGGCGUCUCCCACUCAGAGUUUACCGGAGACACCAGUGCCUGGGACUAAUGAGGAAGAUGCAGAUAAAACAGGAAAACGAUCCCCCACCUCCUCCGUCUCACACAGACAGACUGAGGAUGAUUCUAGAACACGGACUGAGGACCAUUCCAGAAAGUUCCCCUGCCCCAUUUGUGGGAAACGCUUCAGGUCGCGGUCUCAGAUCAAGUGGACAAAAUUGAUCCCAAAAUUGAACAUGACGUCUCUUCAGUUGCAGACAUCAACACAGAACUGAAUCAGGUACUGCCCUUUGAGUAAAAUAAAUGAUAUUUAUGAUGCACAAUAUGCUAAUGAAGCUGAACACAGAUUACACAUCCUAAUUAACAUUAACCCUUAGAACCCGAUUGACGCAAAGUGCGUCAAAAAACACACCCUUAGAACCCUUAGAACCCGACACCCUUUCCUCUCUGUUCCAUUGCUCCGGAACUCUCCAUCGCAGCGAGAUGGAACCUUUAUUGCUUGACAGAGCAGAAGUUUCCAACGACAAUUGCAUCAUAUUUACAGUCUACUUCUCUGCGUUCCCCUGGGCACCCAUUACUCUCGUUCGAAUUACUUGUGAACCCAUGAUCACAUAGAUAUGCUAAUAUCGGAUGAAAGAGGAGACACAGGGCUAUCCAUUGGUACCAUGGAUAUCGAUACUUUUGGGUUAUAAA